ACACAUGACAAAUGACAAAAAGUCAGUUUAACAGUUUAAUUCGAUCUCCUGUGUGUGGUGUAGUAUUGGUAAAUUUAGUUAAACGGACUAACUUAUUUGAGUAAGAACAGAAUGGCAAAUUUAAGGCAAACACCGUUAACAUGUAGCGGACAUACUCGACCAGUAGUUCAUCUGGAUUUUUCUGAUAUUACGGAAAGCAGCUACUUUCUAAUUUCAGCCUGCAAAGAUGGAAAACCAAUGCUUAGGCAAGGCGAUACAGGAGAUUGGAUUGGAACUUUUGAAGGACAUAAAGGGGCUGUUUGGGGUGUGGCUUUAAAUGCUGAAGCCACCAAAGCAGCUAGUGGUGCUGCAGAUUUUACUGGAAAGGUUUGGGAUGCUAUAUCAGGGGAAGAACUUCACUCUUUUCAACACAAUCAUAUUGUAAAAAGUGUAGACUUUUCAAGAGAUUCGGCCCUUCUAGUAACAGGAAGCAAUGAAAAACUGAUCAGAAUUUUCGAUCUUAAUAAACCAGAAGCAACUCCAGAUGUAUUUUCUGGUCACACUGCAAGUAUCCGUCAUGUUCAAUUUUUUCGAAAUGAUACCCACUUAAUAUCGUGUGCAGAUGAUAAGACUUUAAGAGUUUGGGAUAGAUCUACCCAACAGGAAGUUCAAAAACUCUCUUUUCCACAUAAUCCAAAUAGCUUAGAAGUUUCAAAAGAUGGCACUGUAUUAACUGUAGCGUAUUCAAAUAAAGUUACAUUUUUUGAUGCAGAGAAUUUGAACAAGAUAAGAGAAUACACUAUCCCUUCACCAGUAAAUUCAGCAUCUUUACAUCCUGACAAAAGCAUUUUUGUUGCUGCGGGUGAUGAUUUAAAAGUAUAUAAAUAUGAUUAUCAAAGUGGCAAUGAGAUUGAAUCAUUCAAAGGACAUUUUGGACCAGUACACUGUAUUAAAUUCUCUCCAGAUGGUGAACUCUAUGCUUCAGGCUCAGAAGAUGGUACAUUACGAUUAUGGCAAACAACAGUGGGAAAAACGUAUGGUCUUUGGAAAUGUGUUGAAGGUGCUACAAUUAAUGAUAUGUCCACACCAAAAGAAGUUCAAGCAAAUUAAAAUAAUAAAUUUAAAAUUACAAUACGUUCUGUUAAUUCCUACGUCCUUUUAAUAUUGUAUUAUUUAGGUCUAUUCUUUGCAUAUUGCAAAUUCAUCUCUGAAAGUCAGUAUCAGUUUAACAGAACAUGGGGGGUUCUUAUUAGUUCCAAAAUCUGAAAAUUUAAGUAGUGUUUUCAUGAUAUAAUGAAUAAUAGACUUGAAAACUUCAGAUACUGUGAUUUAAAUAAAUAUUUUGU